GGAAUGAUAAUUAAAUGUGUUUUUGCUGGUGCCUUCCAAUUUCAUCUUCUGAACCCAAGAACUCUCAUAUGAACUUUCAUCUCCAAAUCCCCAUUCCUUACAACAAGAAUGGGUAGCCCAUCAUCAAGAUUGCAUUGUUUGAUCAAAAGGCAUCCCAAUUUUUAUAGAAAACCACAAUUCUCGCUCGGUUUAGCCAAAGAUGAAAAACCCAUUAUCAACACUGCAUUUUGCAAUCAGAUGGUGUUCCUUUUUUCUCAAACUAAGCAAUUUUCAGUUGGAGAAAACGACACAUUUAGUGAUCCAAUCCCAGUUGUGGCUACCACUAGGUCGCCGCUAGAUAGCUCUCCUACAAUUGAUGCAGGUUCUUCAAUUAGAAAGCCAAUCAGUUUGUGGCCAGGAAUGUACCAUUCACCUGUGACAAACGCAUUGUGGGAAGCAAGAUCAAGCAUUUUUGAGAGGCUUUCAGAUGCCCCACUUGAUCCUUCUCCACAAACUGACUUGAUUACCAAGACCCCAUCUAAGAGUAGGACUAUUGUUCUUUACAAGUUCUCUUCUGAUUAUGUGCUAAGAGAGCAGUAUAGGAACCCCUGGAAUGAGAUUAGGAUGGGAAAGUUGCUGGAAGACCUUGAUGCUUUGGCAGGAACUAUCUCCUUCAAGCAUUGUUCCAGUUAUGAUGGUACUACUAGGCCCUUGAUACUAGUUACUGCUUCUGUGGACAAGAUGCUUCUGAAGAAACCUAUUCGUAUAGAUACCGAUCUGAAAAUAGAGGGUGCUGUUACAUGGGUUGGUCGGUCAUCUAUGGAGAUUCAACUGGAAGUAAUGCAAUCUUCACCAGAAGCAUCCAGUACAUCGGAGUCAUUAUCUCUAACUGCAAACUUCACUUUUGUGGCCCGAGAUUCUAAGACCGGAAAAUCAGCUCCAAUUAAUCAGAUUUCUCCUGAAACUGAAAAGGAAAAGCUUCUAUGGGAAGAAGCAGAAGAAAGAAACAAAAUGAGAAAGAUUAAAAAGGGAGAACGGAAGAAGGAAAUUCAGGGUGAGGAAGUGAAUAGGCUAAACGAAUUGUUGGCUGAGAGCCGAAUCUUUUGUGAUAUGCCUGCUUUAGCAGAUAGAGACAGCAUUUUAAUAAAAGAUACAUGUCUUCAGAACUCUUUGAUUUGCCAGCCACAGCAGCGAAAUAUCCAUGGUCGAAUCUUUGGAGGAUUCUUGAUGCGGAGAGCUUUUGAGCUGGCUUAUGCAACAGCUUAUGCAUUUGCAGGCAGUGCACCAUGCUUUGUGGAAGUUGAUCAUGUUGAUUUCUUGAAACCUGUUGAUGUUGGAAAUUUCCUCCGCCUCAAAUCAUGUGUUUUGUACACAGAACUAGAGAAUUUUUCUAAGCCUCUGAUCAAUGUAGAAGUGGUAGCUCAUGUUAUGCAGCCUGAGUUGCGCUCUAGCGAGGUUUCAAACAAUUUCUAUUUCACUUUCACUGUCCAACAAGGUUCACUGAAAAAUGGUACACGGGUUAGGAAUGUCGUCCCUGGUACAGAGGAAGAAGCACAACGUGUGAUUGAACGGAUGGAUGCUGAAAAUUCAUGAAGUCUUUGUUCUCAUUUUCACCCCUCUUGAGGAAUUCAGCAGCUGUUGUUUCACAUCAUUUCUCUCGUCAAUUAUGAUUUUUGACGUUGCUUGCUGUUAUAUUUGCUGUUAUCUUGUAUAUUUCUUUGGGAAAAGGAGGACAGUUCCAAUUUUGCAGACAAAACAAAAAAUGCAAUGCAGGCUACUUUCUUGAGCUAUAA